AUGACCAAGUUAAGGGAUCGAACCACUCAACCAGCUGAAUUCCGAAAACUCCUCAGGGAUAUUUCAAUGUUGAUCGGUGUGGAAGCUUCCCGUGACUUACAAACUUCACAGGUCACAGGCCUCAACUCUCCACUAGCACCUUACACUGGGACUUGUUUGACUGAUCGGAUAGGACUUUCACCCAUCUUACGAGCAGGAAUAGGAAUGACAGAUGCCUUUCUCGACCUUUUUCCUGAGGCGUCGGUCUUCUUCCUCGGCCUUUUUCGUGAAAAGGUUUCAUUAGAACCAGUAGAGUAUUAUCAAAAGCUCCCUAACAUUCCAUCUGUGGAUACUGUCUUUCUUCUCGAUCCAAUUCUUGCUACCGGUGGUACAGCCAUCGCAGCUUGUAAUAUGUUAGUAGAUUCAGGCAUCCCGAUUGGAAGAAUUAAACUUAUUACGAUUCUAGCAAGUAUGCCAGGUCUUCAAUCGGUUUUACGUGAAUGUCAAGGUUUAGAGAUUUGGUGUGGAACAGUAGAUCAAGAACUUGCAAAGGGUGGAAUGAUCUUACCUGGUUUAGGAGAUGGAGGUGAUCGAUUGUUCAACACGUUUGCUGAAGUUUAA